GGCGCCCACGUGACGUGCCCAGGGCCCGGACGGUCCGCCCCUCCCCCUCGCUCCCCGGGUCUCUCUCUCUCUACAUGGCGGCGUCAGCUCGGGGUGGCCUCGGGCAGAAGAGCGGCGAGGAGAGAGCGGCGCUCCGCCUCCGUGCUCGGCGACAGGUCGCCGGGGGUCCUUGAGCGCGGACUUGUGUGUGUGGGGAAGGGGGAGGGAAAAAAAACCGAAUCGGAGCCUGCGAUCAGAAAAGAUAACUGAAUUCAACCAAUGUUGAACCUGCACGCAAAACUGAAUUCAGCCAAUGUUGAAUCUACAAGACAAAGCUGUUGAGGUCAGGAUAACUGAAUUCAACCAGUGUUGAACCAACAAGGCAAAGCUAUUGAGGUCAGGAUAACAGAGGAGUCCGAGUGGAUGUCUUCAUGGAUAUUGUUGAUAUAUUUAACCCUUUGAUAUCCACCGACCACUUGGAUGACAUUCUGAUUUUAGAGUCAAACUUAGAAAGUGAAGUUUGUGAUGAUUGUGGCACAGAACCAGACACCCUGGGAGGUUCUUUAAGAAACAUGCUGAGUGACAAAGAUCCUAUGCUAGGAUCUGCUAGUGCACAGUUCAGCCUGCCCUUUUCAGAUACUGAAGAUGGCAACUUUCAGCUAACUUGCUCAACAGAUGCUGAACUUGAGCUCACUGAGGCUGAUAUGAAGGAAAGUGCCUCAGAUACCAUGGAGGAAGAGGAUUUAUCAGAACUUUCCAACAAGAAAACGAAGGGUAAAUCGCCAAAAACUACUGUGCAGUCACCUCGAAAGUCUCCACGUUUGUUGGCUCAAGAACCAGUUCGAAGUCUGCGCAACAGUACCUUAGCUAAAAGGCUCAGUCCAGCAAAUUUAAUCCUUACGAAAAGGAAGGAACAAGUAAAGUUUAUCUCUAUUGGAACAGGGUCACCAAAACUGCCAGAUAGACAUGAGAAACAAAGUCAACAAAAAACUGGAGGAAAGGGUAAAUCACAGCAGCAACAUGUGUCAGAAAAUGUACAGAGCAAUGCAGAAACUGUUCAUGAGGCUGCACAGUCCGAUCCUGUAGAUUCAAGGAGCUCAGAACUCAGUUCAGUAGAAAAGAGCAACAUACUGGAAAGUACACUGGAAAUAACUUGUGGAAGUCACAAAUGCACAUCAGUAGAAUCAAUAGAACAGCAAGUAAUUGCCCCUGCAGGAGAAUUGCAGUGUUCUGAAGAGCCGCAAAUUAUUUUAGAGGCAGAAAAAACCCCUUCAGAUACAGUUGUAGAGGAUGCAAAUGAUCUCCAUUGUCUAGAAGCACAAGUUGUAUCGUUUAGCCAAAAUCCAGUUGAAUCUUCGUUGGAAUUACAGCAUUCAGCGGCAGUAACUGAAACUGGUCAGGGUCAAGAAUCUAUGGCAGAGAAUGUUGGUGCACAAAAUAGUGUAUUCUGUGACGCUCAUCAAGAUGAGCAAGCUACAUCCACAGAUCAUAGUCUAGUUAAGUCUGUGCUGGAAUUGCAGUGCUCUGCUGAAUCAUUAAUUGCUGCAAAUUCAGAUGGAAUGCCUGCUGAGACUGUAAUAGGAGAUCUUCACAAUGCAAGUAAUCUCUCUUAUGGAACCAUACAUGCAGAGGAGUCCAAGGAAAUUGUAGCAGAAGGGAAGACUGUAGAACCCAUUGAAAAGAUGGAUAUUGUGGAAAGUAGUAUUAUUAGUGAACAGAAGAAUGAGCCAGUUGAGUUGGAUCCUGUUGUACCAAACGCUGAAGCACAGGAGCCAGUUGAGUUGGAUCCUGUUGUACCAAACACUGAAGCACAGGCUAAGAUGGAUGACCUUCAUCCAAAACUGGAAGCAAGCUUUCAGAAUCCAGUUGGUGAAGAAUUACAGAUAUCUUCUGAAUUAAUUGCAUCUGUAAAUUAUGUAGAUGCACAAGGUGAUCUUGACACACAGCCAAGUAAAGAAAUUAUUCCAAGCAAUGCUAGCAGUCUUGUAAAACAGGACAUUUCAACCAGUUCCAAAGCACCUGAAGACCCUGGGAACAUUAAGUCACCUCAACCUGAAACUGGAGUUUGUCUUUCAGAGAAGUCUGACAGUGGGAUACUUGAGUGCAAACCUGAACAAGAAGCAGGAAAACCUGCUUCCUCAAAAAUAGUUGCCCAAGGUGCCAAUGAUUCUGAAAGUGAUGAUCGUUCCAGCGAUCAUUUGGCAAACAGGGUGCAUGAUGAUUCAACUAAGCAGCAGUCAGGUCCCAUUAAUGAAGUAAUCCAGGAUCAUUCUGGGCAUAAAGACCAUGCAGAAAUCUUCCCUGGGAAGGAGGGUGCUGUGGAGUCUAAGAGUCGGGCUUUAAAACAGGAUAGGUCACCAUUGAAGCCUCAGCAUAAACUUGAACAAGUGGAUUCAAAACCAGACCAGACUGAAAACUUCCUGCGCACAAAUAGGAAGAAAACUAAGUUGGAUGUUCAGUCCUCUGAAGCACUUAAGCAAUCUAAGUCGCAUACUACUUCAAUAACAAGUAAACGGAAGGCAAUAGACCAAGAUGAUCAACAUCUUCAUAAGGCAGUUAAGAGUUUGAAAACACAGGUUGCACAGGAUGCUAAAUUCAAAAAUGAUCAAUCACAAAAGAGAAACUUUGGUAAACCCUCUCCUGUUUCCCAGGUAGCAAAAAUGCAGACAGCAGUUACAUCACAGAUGUGCAAGACAGUGUCAACGUCUCCUUCAGGGAAUGAUAAGCUAAGGAAAGUAGUCCAGGUAUCUAAGCACGGUUCUAAUUCUGUUUCAAAACCGAGUGAGAUAUCGGUGAAACAGGGGAUACACUGUGGCCACAAAUCUGUCCCUUCAGGUAAAAUAUUUCCCCAACAGACAGAUAAUAUAAAAGAAAGAGAUAAAGGAAAACUUGUCGACUAUUCUACUGAAGAUGAUAGAGAUAAAAUGAAAGCCAGAAAAAUUGAGAAGGCUAUUCUUCCAAGACAGCGGAGGAGCAGCAAAAGCCUUUCAUUGGAUGAACCACCUUUAUUUAUCCCAGAUAAUUUGCCUGUGGUAAAAAAGGAGGAAAGUGAUGUGGACCAUUCCAGCCCUGUUGCUACCUCAGAUUUGUGGGACCCCAAAAAACUCUGUGGUUUUUGUAGAAAACCCCAUAAUAGCAGGUUCAUGGUAGGGUGUGGAAGAUGCGAUGACUGGUUUCAUGGAGACUGUGUUGGACUGACGCUUGGCCAAGCCCAGCAACUGGAGAAAGAGGACAAAGAAUAUAUUUGUUUGAAAUGUUGUGCUGUGGAAGACAAAGCUCCAUCAAUCAAUCACAGCCAUAACAAACAUAUUGUACAUAAUGACAUGGAAAAGGCAAAGUCGGAAUUAAUCCAUGAACGUCCAAACCAUUUAAAAAGUGAAAAGGUGAGCUAUUCAGAAGAUCUAAAUACUACAACUGAUGCUUCUGAUGUAAAAUCAAAUAUGGAAUUAAUUGAAAAGAUUGAACAAUUGCCAAAUGAGAAGAAACAUACAGUCAAAAUGUUAAGAAAGGCCUCUGGUAUGAAAACUGGUACUACUAACGCUAAGGAUUCAGAGGUGAAGGAUGCAAAAAAAGCACAUUUGGUGAAUGAACGCCUUACAGGACAAUUAACAGGAAUGUCACAAGCACCUGAACACAGGAAAGACAAACUGCUUAAAGACCUUGCAGCCACCCGGCUUGGUCAAGGAGAAAAACUUCCAAAACUAGACUUAAAGGAUAAACUAUCUGUGAAAAAGAAAGGAGAGAAAGGAUCAAAUAGUGCUCCACUUCCAACCAGCCCUUCUACACCUCAACCAACUGUUGAACAAAUUAGACAGAAUGUUCGCCAAUCUCUGAAGGACAUCUUAGCAAAAAGGCUCUCGGAUUCGGAUUUGAAAGUUCCAGAGGAACGAGCAACCAAGGUUGCAGCCAGGAUUGAGAGGAAGCUGUUUUCUUUUUAUGGGGACACAGAUACUAAAUACAAAAGCAAAUACAGGAGCUUGAUGUUUAAUCUCAAAGAUCCCAAAAAUCAAGUGCUGUUCAAACGAGUGUUAAAAGGUGACAUUUUACCUGAUCAUUUAAUUCGUAUGAGUCCAGAGGAACUGGCGUCCAAGGAAUUAGCCGCAUGGAGGCAGAGAGAGAAUAGACAUAUGAUUGAAAUGAUAGAAAAAGAACAAAGGGAAGUUGAAAGGCGACCAAUUACAAAAAUAACCCAUAAAGGAGAAAUUGAGAUUGAGAGUGAGACACCAAUGAAAGAACCUGAAGUGGUGGUUACAGAGGAGGCUGAACCAAAAGCUAUGGACCCAAAGCCCAUUGUAGAAAAAAUAGAAGAGGUUGAAGAAGAAACCCCAAUAGAUGCCACAGAAGAUACCACUUGUCAGCACAAAAACCAUCUUUUUGACUUAAAUUGCAAAAUUUGUACAGGUCGAAUGGCUCCACCUGUUGAGGAAUUGCCUCUGCCGAAAGUGAAAGUAGCUACAAGUGUGACAAGGCGUCAAUCAGAUGUUGAUGCCGAAUCAGCCUUUUUGGCAGAUGCUCUCUCCUCUGCUACCAGCAUCUUGUCUUUUGAUGCAAUAGUGGAAGAUACGCCAGAAUCAGCACAGCUAUCCACCUCCUCUGUGACAAGGUCAGAUGUGUAUGAUAUUACAGAAGAUGAGUCAAGGUUUCUAGCUCGACUGGAUUCUCUCUGGAAGGGAUUUAUCAAUAUGCCUAGUGUGGCUAAGUUUGUUACCAAAGCAUAUCCUGUCUCUGGCUCAUCUGAUCAUCUAACAGAGGAUUUGCCAGAUACCAUACAAGUAGGAGGGAGGAUUCCUCCUCAGAUGGUUUGGGACUAUGUGGACAAGAUAAAAGCUUCAGGAACUAAGGAGAUCUGUGUCAUACGUUUCUGUCCAGUGACUGAGGAAGAUCAGAUAAUGUACACUUCAUUGUAUGCAUACUUCAACAGCAGGCAACGAUAUGGAGUAGUAGCCAACAAUGUGAAGCAAGUUAAGGACAUGUAUCUUAUUCCACUGGGUGCCUUGGAAAAAAUUCCUUAUCGGCUUUUACCAUUUGAUGGGCCAGGUUUGGAAAUAGUUCGCAAGAAUCUUCUCCUUGGAUUGAUCAUUCGACAAAGGAUGAAGAGAUCAUUUAGUGCUUCGCCUUCUGAAGAAGUCUCUGAAUCAGAGAAGCUGCCUAGUAGUUUGCCUCAAGAAAAGAAAAGCAAAACAGAGUAUGUGGAAGAUGAAGGUGAAGAUGAAGAAGAAGAAGAAGAAGAUCAAUUCUUUAAUUCCUUCACUUCUGUCUUGCCUAAAUUUAGAAGCAAACCCAAACAGUCGUCACCUGUUGAACCUCAGAUUUUGAAAACGCCACCUUCAUCGCCAGCUGAGCCAAUUCCUAUCAUGUCCACAAAGCCACUGAGAUUUCUUCCUGGAGUUUUAGUUGGUUGGGAAAACCAAUCCACCUCCCUUGAAUUAUCAAACCGACCGCUGGACGACAUUCUUCAGAGUCUUUUGGGAGAUGCAGAUAAAGAAGCUGAACCAAAGCCUGUAUCUAGUACUGGACCUGACUCGGGAGAUACUGCGGUGACUAAAAAUGAUUCAAGUACGUCACAGCCUGAAGAAACCACUGACGAUCAAGAGAGUGCUAAAAAUAUCUUGCAUGAUCUUCCAGAGGAAAAUGAGAACACAGAUGUCAUAGAGGAUAACAAAGCUGCUGAAAUUUCAAAGGCAACUGGAUUCCUUACAACUCUCACACUUAAAGACAAGCCACCAGAUGUUUCAACUGAAGUGUUUCUUUCCAGUCUUGCAGCUCUAAAAUCACAGCCAAAUCAAAAAGAAGAGCAUGAGAAACUUCGGCAUCACUACAAAGUAAAAAAGGUGAAAAUGGAAAGCUCAAAAGAGAAAAAUGAAACGUCUGGUGGUUCUGCAACUCAACCUGUGAGCCCCAAGGUUGAAUUACCUCUACCUGAGCCCAGUACAGAUGCAGAAGAGGUAGCUCCUACACAUGAAGCUCUUGCAAACAUCUUGCAGGUUGUCAAUAUAAGCAGAGACCCAAGACAAGCAGCUGUUCGAAAGCAACAAAGUGUUUCUGCAAUAAACAAGCCUCUGGAGGAUAAUGCAGAGGAGCGGUGUUUGGAAAACAGGAAAGAUAAGUGUGAGGAUGAGAGCUUAAACAUAAAGAAUCCAGAGGAAAUUGCUAAGAAAUCCUUAGAAGAUGACCAAGGAGAAACAGCCACAAGGCAGAUUCCCGAAGAGACUAUUGAUUCUCAAAGUGAACAGUCCAGUAAACAAUUGCAGGAACCAACACCUUCUACUACAGAGACUUCUCCAUCAGUUUUUCAGAAUAUUUCAAAUCCAGUAUCAGAAACAGAGUCUACAAGUUCUUUACACAAAGGGCAAACACCUUCUGAUACAGAAAUGGUAGAAACGCACACUAUUGAGACCGUGCAGUCAAUCCGAAGGGAAAAUGUCCCGUUACCCUCUUUCCAUGGGCCACGUACAAGUACGCAUUUUGAAUUCUCUUCAAGUGCGGUACCUGCACACAACCAAACUCAGGUGUCAGCAGUGUCCACCCCAUUACCAAGUAGUGGCCCUUCAGGUAGCCCAGUACCAAGUGGAAACAUCUUCCCUCCACCAAUAUCACAACUACAUAACUUUACUCAAGUUCAAGGUCACCCUUCUGGUUUUCCAUUUCAGCGAACUUUACCUGCUGCCAAUUUUCCGCCUUCAUUCAUGCCAGUUCGGGCCCCACCACUUCCUCCGCCACCAUUUAGCCUUCAAGCUGAUCCUCAUCUGAGGUUUCAUGCUCCAGAUCUUGGUGCAGGACAUGCCUUGGGCUCAAACCACAUGAUGCCUUGGCUACCACCAAUUCCUUGUCCGCCGCAGCACCACUUGGGACUUCUGCAUCUUGCACAUGGGCAACCGAUGCCACCUUUCUCCUCUGACCGCCCAAUUGAUGUUAGCAGAUAUGUACCAGGUUCAGGAGCACCAGGUUUUCAAUCUAUCAAAGAAGACCACAGACAAGAAAGGCAUCAUGGUGAUCUUUGGGAUAGAUACAGCCAAAGAUCAGAGCAUAAUCUUAGCAAGGAACAUGGCAGUCAUCAUAGACAUAGGUUUUAUAGUGAUUAUCAUCGAAGAAAAGAUCGGCACAAAGAAAGAGAGAGGGACAAAUACUGGGAUCGAGGGUCUGAACGAGACAGGGACAAAUAUAAAGACAGAGACCGUGAUAAAGGGAGAGACAGGGAGAAGAGACGAAGUCAUGAGGACAGGCAUAGAGAUAAAGAUCGGGACCGACAUCGGGAACGUGAAAGGAGCCACGAUGGCAUGGACUCGAGAAGGGAACGAAGCAAAGAUAAAGAAAAGAGUAGAUCAGAAAAUGAAGAUCACGAUAGCGAUAAAGAGAGGGGAAAAGGAAGGAGUAAGGACAAGCACAGAGAGAAGGUUCAGGAAAGAGAAAAAGAUCUGGAACGGGAUAAACACCACAGAGAUAAAGACCAUGAUAAAAGGGACCACAGUGACAGAAGCAAAAGCAAGAAGAGAAAGAGUUCCCCAGAGGCUACUGCUAAUUAACAACUGUACAGAACCAAAAAAUGCUAAUUUGUGAACUUUGUCCUGAUAAUUUGAAGAAGUAACAAUUGGUUUACCUGUACUUGUCAACUAGGAUGCCACUUCAUGUUGCAAUGUUAUGAUGACAUGAUUCACUUGUGUGUUUCCUUAUAUAACAUACAGUAUCUACAACCAUGUCUUGCUGCUCUUAAAUACUAAUUAACAAUACAAGAAGCUGGUAGUAUAACUUUAUAAGUAAUUUUAUUACUUCUGAUUAUUAGCCAAACUGAUAGUUCUAGCAUGAGCUACUAUACAUGUCAAAUUUGAAAAGGUUGAAAUCCACAGCUUUUGCUGUUGUCCAGGUUCUUUCCUGAAAUAAUGUACGCUUUGUAGGCAAUUUGCAGUGGCGCACACUUAUGAAUAAUUAUACAAAGGUAUCAUGUUCUUAUUCAAACCAGUUGUGGUUGUACAUUUCUGAAGUUUUAUGUUGUACUUCUAUUUCAAUGUAUUAAUUUCAUUUGCAAGAGUUGGCUGUUAACUAUUGCACUGUUUUGAUGCUUAAACAGGCAAUCACUACAAUGUAAGUGUUGUAUUAAAAUUUUAGAUAAAAAAAGUGCAUUGAGAAUAAAACUAUACAUCCAUCUAUAUUUUGUAAAAUUGUCACAUUGUUGCUUUUACCUGGCUAUUAUCUUUGUUGCUUCAACAUUGUAGACUAUUGCUUGUAUACUACCUUUUCUGUUUUAUUCAUCAAUCUUUUUACUGAAGAAUCUCAGUGUAAAUAUUUUAAAUGAUGUUUUCAUUGUAAAUGAUUAUAAAAUGAAUUUUCUCCACGUA